CAUGGUCAAUGGAUUCCCUACAAUAGAUGGUCCAACACCCGCCGGAAAACCCUCAUCGGAUAAACACUCCGGCAAAAUUGACGUUGGUCAUCACAUGUACAGCCUUUACUUCAAGGGUUUGGUCAGCGAGGACUCAUUGGCCGGAUUUGGCGUCGCAAUUUUGGGACAGGAAGAUGAACUCGUGUUUCAGAUGAAGGGACCAAUUCAUGGCUCCGACAUUACUGUUUUGGAAGCUGAGCUUAGUGCAUUGAAGCGAGGACUAACCGAAGCUGCGGAUUUAGGGAUCAAUCAUAUCACAAUUUACAGUGAUAAUCAUCCAACUCACGACUUAAUCAGUGGAAGGUUGGUGCCAAAGGAGAAUAAUAUGGCCUUGCUAGUAAACGAUGUGCAGCGCAUCAGGGGAAGGUUUUCGUCUAGCUUUACAAUUUUUGUGUCCCGAUGUAGUAUCAAACAUGCUUAUAAACUAGCUAGAGAAACAACAGUUUCUGAAAUCAGCAUACCUAUGGAUACUCCUCCUCGACGAGCCAAGCCUGCCCGGAAAAUGACUUGUGCUAUAUGUUUAGAUGAUGAUGUCAAUGCUGAUCAGAUGUUUACUACUGUUGAUAAAUGUGGUCAUCGGUUUUGUUCCGAGUGUGUGAAACGACACAUAGAGGUAAGGCUACUCGAAGGAAGUGUGAUGACAUGUCCUCAGUUUCGUUGCAAGUCUGAACUGAAUUUUAAUAGAUGUGCCGAUCUUUUGACACCUAAAUUAAGAGAGAUUUGGCGACAAAGGAUCAGAGAGAACUCGAUUCCUUUUGAGGAAAGAGUUUAUUGCCCUAACCCGAAGUGCUCAGCUUUAAUGCGCGUAACCGAGCUUUCAAAACUGAAUAAAGAGAGUGCAGUUAGGAGAUGCUGCGAAAAAUGCGGUGAGCCCUUCUGCACUAACUGCAAGUUUCCAUGGCAUGAUAACUUGUCAUGCGACGAUUUCAAGAUAAUGCAUCCAAAUUUAAGAGAAAGCGAGCUAAAGCUACAUGCCUUAGCAAAUCAGAAACUGUGGCGUCAGUGCGGAAAAUGCCAACACAUGAUUGAACUUUCUAAAGGAUGCGUCCUCGUAGUUUGCAGAUGUGGACAUAAGUUUUGCUACCGAUGCGGAGCCAAUGCUCGAAGUUGCACACAUGGACUUGGCCAUGUGUUUCCACCACAGCCUCAGCAGCUGGAAUCACCGCCACCGCCACCGCCAUGCUGGGCACAAUGUUUAUGUUGGUUGUUUCUUCUAUUGUUCGUAUUUUUUAUAUCUGUUGGUAUCAAAUCCUCAUAG